ACAAACAUGGCGUCCUCUGAUGUACUGGUCAGAAUAUGUGGCCAAGAGAUUAUCAAAUAUGAUCUGGAAAUCAAAGCUUUUAUUCAGGACAUAAGAGAGUGCUGCGGGCCACAGGCAGUGCUUUUAGAUCUGAACUCUACAGUGAAGGAAAAGUUCAAUCAGUUAAGACAGAGGAUUCAGGACAUGGAACAGAUGGCAAAAGAACAAGACCGAGAGACUGAUAAACAAGCUAUCUUGAGUGAAACGGAAGGCCAUCGGAAGCAGAUGUUAAGUAACCAGAUGGCGUGGAGGAAGGCAAAUCUGGCCUGCAAGCUGGCCAUUGACAACCUGGAGAAGGACGAACUGCUUCAAGGUGGUGAUUCAGUUAGACAAAGGAAGGCCACUAAAGAGAGUUUGGCGCAGACAUCCAGUGACAUCACAGAGAGUCUGAUGAGCAUCAGCCGGAUGAUGUCACAGCAGGUGCAGCAGAGCGAGGAGACCAUCGGAACUCUGGCUUCUUCCUCAAGGACUGUGCAAGAGACGAAUGAAGAGUUUAAGGCCAUGACGGGAACCAUUCACUUGGGGCGAAAACUUAUCCUGAAAUAUAAUCGGCGUGAACUGACCGACAAACUGCUGAUCUUUUUAGCUCUUGCUCUGUUUCUGGCUACAGUGCUCUACAUCCUGAAAAAGAGACUCUUCCCCUUCAUUUAGUGGAAGAGGGAACUGUGUCAACUUAACACUGCUUUCCAGAAAUCGUUCUGUGAAUGUUACAACCCAAAUGAGACGGUAGUUCUUUCAAAACGAGGGGUUUCACCACCAUAAAGAUGAUGACAAGCUUCGGGAUUCUCUGGGGACAAAAUAAGGGAGGAUAUUGAAGUGCUAUUAUAAAAUCUCAAUGAUCAGGAUCACUAAACAGAAAUUCAGGAAGGAAUAAAUGCACUUUGCUGUCUUGUACAUUUUACUACAUUGGUCUCAAUGAUUGCAUUUGCAUAUUCAGUAGUAUAUUUUAUUUUAAUCAGUGUAGUUGUUUGUACAAUAAUAAAAUGUUUUGAUCUCAGGUUAGUUCUGUAAUAUUCCAAUAACCUGAUGAACAAUGUCUGCAUAAAGUUUGAUUAGUAUGAUUAAUGGCAUUUCUGCAUAUAACUGAAGGCUAUGCUUAAUUGACACUAUUAUGAUUUUUUUUUUUAAACAAAGAAGUCUCUUAUGCU